AUGCAAAGUAAUGUUACAACGUCGUUAUCAACAAAAAGUGACUCGUACUUCUUCACCGAAAAAUGCAUUCAACGUGAUUUAGAAAAAAUAAAAAUUAAUAUUCAAGAUUCACCAAUAAUAUUCAUUGAUCCAAUAGAUGAUAACUACUCACAUCUGGAAGCAGCAAUUACAGGACCAAUGUCAACACCAUAUGAAAAUGGAACUUUUUUACUUCAUUUAAAAAUUUCUGAAGAGUAUCCUUAUAAACCACCUCAAUCAAUAACAUUUAAACGAGCUACAAUGCAUCCAAAUAUUGAUGAAUAUGGUAAUUUUAUGUCAGAAUUAUUUAACUUAGAAUCUUGGUCACCAGCUAUGACAAUAAAAAGUAUUUUAGAACAUGUAUGGGCACGUCUAGCAAUUCCGAAUAUUGAUUCAAAUGAAUGUGAUCCAACUCGAGCUCAAUUAUAUAGAACAGACAAACAUCAGUUUGAAUUAAUUGCACGUGAAUAUUCUAUAAAAUAUGCAAAUGCAACCUAA